ACCUGUGGGAUUACACUGGGUCAUACGGAUGGUAGGCGAGAGUAGUGAGGCUGUUGGUGCUAGUGUUGGAGGUGGAACUUCUGGCCUAAAGAUGCCUACAUUGGAGGAGUACGGCACCAAUUUGACAAAGUUAGCUGAAGAGGGGAAACUAGAUCCUGUAGUUGGAAGACAGGCUCAAAUCGAGCGUGUUACUCAAAUCUUGGGUCGCCGUACAAAAAACAACCCUUGUCUUAUUGGAGAACCAGGUGUUGGAAAAACUGCUAUUGCCGAAGGGCUAGCUCAAAGAAUCGCUAAUGGUGAUGUCCCUGAAACAAUAGAGGGGAAGAAGGUCAUAACACUUGAUAUGGGAUUGCUUGUUGCUGGGACAAAAUACCGUGGAGAGUUUGAGGAAAGACUGAAGAAACUAAUGGAGGAAAUUAAACAAAGUGAUGACAUAAUACUGUUUAUUGAUGAAGUACACACAUUGAUUGGAGCUGGAGCUGCAGAGGGAGCAAUUGAUGCUGCAAACAUCUUGAAACCUGCCCUGGCUAGACGCGAGCUACAGUGUAUUGGAGCCACAACACUGGAUGAGUACAGAAAGCACAUUGAGAAAGACCCUGCACUGGAGAGGAGGUUCCAGCCAGUUAAAGUCCCUGAACCUUCUGUGGAUGAAACCAUACAGAUCUUGAAAGGGCUUCGGGAGAGGUAUGAGAUUCAUCACAAGCUCCGUUACACUGAUGAGGCAAUAGAGGCUGCUGCCAAGCUUUCUCACCAGUACAUCAGUGACCGCUUUCUGCCUGAUAAAGCAAUUGACUUGAUUGAUGAAGCUGGUUCCCGUGUUCGACUUCGUCAUGCACAGCUCCCUGCGGAAGCAAGAGAGCUGGAGAAGGAGCUUCACCAGAUUACAAAGGAGAAAAAUGAAUCUGUCCGCGGUCAAGAUUUUGCGAAGGCUGGGGAGUUGCAUGAUAGAGAAAUGGAUCUUAAGGCACAAAUCUCAGCCUUGAUAGACAAAAACAAAGAGAAGAGCAAGGCAGAGUCUGAGGCAGGAGAUGCAGCAGGUACCUUAGUGACAGAGGCAGAUAUUCAGCACAUUGUCUCUUCCUGGACUGGCAUUCCUGUAGAGAAGGUCUCAACUGAUGAAUCUGAUCGCCUCCUAAAAAUGGAAGAAACACUUCAUACCCGAGUCAUUGGCCAGGAUGAAGCUGUAAAAGCCAUUAGUCGUGCUAUUAGACGUGCCCGUGUUGGACUCAAGAAUCCCAACCGACCUAUUGCCAGUUUCAUCUUUUCUGGUCCAACUGGUGUUGGGAAGUCAGAACUGGCCAAGUCUUUAGCAACGUACUACUUUGGUUCUGAAGAAGCAAUGAUUCGGCUUGAUAUGAGUGAGUUUAUGGAGAGACACACUGUGUCUAAACUCAUCGGUUCACCCCCUGGGUAUGUUGGUUACACUGAAGGUGGUCAAUUAACUGAAGCUGUGAGGCGUCGACCUUACACUGUUGUGCUCUUUGAUGAGAUUGAGAAGGCUCAUCCUGAUGUCUUUAACAUGAUGCUUCAAAUUCUUGAAGAUGGAAGAUUGACAGACAGCAAGGGCAGAACUGUCGACUUCAAGAAUACACUCCUCAUCAUGACAUCAAAUGUUGGAAGCAGUGUGAUAGAGAAAGGAGGUCGUCGUAUAGGUUUUGAUCUAGAUUUUGACGAGAAGGAUAGUAGUUACAACCGUAUCAAGAGCUUGGUGACUGAGGAGUUGAAACAGUACUUCAGGCCAGAGUUCUUAAACAGAUUAGAUGAGAUGAUUGUAUUCCGUCAGCUCACUAAGUUGGAGGUGAAGGAGAUUGCUGAUAUCAUGCUUAAGGAAGUCUUUGUGAGGUUGAAGAAUAAGGAGAUAGAACUUCAAGUGACAGAGAGGUUUAGAGACAGGGUGGUUGAUGAAGGAUACAACCCAAGCUAUGGAGCUAGGCCAUUGAGGAGAGCUAUUAUGAGACUGCUGGAGGAUAGCAUGGCCGAGAAGAUGCUUGCAAGUGAGAUCAAAGAAGGUGAUUCAGUAAUUGUGGAUGUGGAUUCAGAUGGCAAUGUCACAGUCCUCAAUGGCAGUAGCGGUGCUCCCUCAGAUCCACAAAUUUAUUGAUUGUAAUGUUGCUUUCGGUUGUAUUGGCUACUAAGCUCUCCUGCACUUACGAAGCAACUUGUGAGUAAUUUUUUGGGGUGACAGUUGACUGGGUAAUGAUAUUCUGCCAAGUUGAUCCUUCCCAAGCAGAGCAUCCAGGAUUACACACUAUAUACUUAACUGGAUUUCAUUAAAAUUGUAGUGACAGCAGAAGCAUUUCUUCUAAUUUUUGGUAGGUGAUAGUUAGACUUUGUCAUCAUUUUCAGCACGUUUUACCUGCUGUUUGGCUCAAAUCACAACUAAGGAUUUAGGUUAUGAACUUUAAUAUCUCUACUGGUUUUUUAGCUAUUGUCCACAACAAACACUAGACAAAUGUAAUUCCAAAUUUUAUAUUGGAUAACCCCCUAAUCUUUGUAA